CCCCUGUCCCUGCACCAGAAAACGCGAAAGAUUCAUCCUUUUUCCUUACCCGUUCCACCCUCCUCCUCUCCUAUCCGAAGAGGAAUCUCUCCGCCACGCAUUCUCUUCGGGCCCCCCCUGAGUUCCUGCAUCCCCGGUGAAGCAUAUCUAGCCUCCCUCUCCCCCCCUUCACCAGGUUCCGCGCCCUCUUUCUUCCCUCUUCUUCUUCCUGUUCUCGCCUUCCGGGCUUGCCGCGUGUAUAUACAGUGUACAGAAAGCAAUCCCAAUCUCUUUUGUAAAUUGUCCGUUUCCUGGUAGUUUCGGUGUCCGAUUGGCUGCUCGCGAGUGCGGCUGGUUCGCCAAUUCGAGGCCCUCGGAGCUGUGCGGGGGGGUGUUGUUAGGUUUGCGUGUUGGUUUGGCUUUUCUUGCUGUCGGGACUUCUGGGUUUUGGCUUUUCGAUCGUUUAGCGUUCGGGGGUAUAUUUGUGGUUGAAUUUGGCUUGGAGGGGAGGGCAAAAGAUGGUUCUUUGACUGUAAAGUUGGGACUUUUUCCUGGUGUGGAGGUUGGGUUGUUCUUUGCCUCUUUUGGGUUUGUUCGGACUUUUAAUAAUAGUAAGGGGUCUUCGAUUGGUUCGUUGUUGAACACGGGUGGCGUUGCUGGAUUCUGAGUGAGCAUCCGCUUGGGUUCUGUGGAUUUGGGGACGACUGUGGGGAAGGGUUGAUAGGUGUGGAGUUCGAUCCUGUUUUGGUGUCCCUUGCUCAGCUCGAACAGGACUGCGGUAUCGUCUUGUGGCUAGAGAGAAAUUUAAGUUAAAGAGACCAGGAUUUGCGUUGUGUCUAGCGACUUUCGUCGAGUUAGGAUGGCGGAAUCGGUUGCUACCACUUCUCUUCUCGGGCACCGGGUAUUGUAUGGCAGAAUUCCUGUCAAGGAUGCCUCUUGCAGGAGGAGAUCCCCUGAUAUGUGUCGGUUUCCUUCAAUCACAUUCUUAGGAAGAAGGAUGGUCAAUUCUGUCUUGCCCAGGGUGAGAGUCGAUGCAGCAUCAGUUUCUUCAAUUAAGGCCCUCGCCAUGGAGUUGACGAAAGAGGCGUAUUCAUACAGGGAAGCAGAGAGAAUUCAACAGAACUUGAAUUAUGAGAGUGGCUUGGAUGUUGACAGGAAGCCUGGUUUGUGGCCGCCCGAGAAUAGGGCUGACGAUUCGUCACUGCAUAACCCACUGCUUCGACAGGAGCGGAUGGGUUGUGGUUGGUUGGGAGCCAUUUUUGAAUGGGAGGGUGUUUUAGUCGAAGACAAUCCAGAUCUCGAGAAGCAAGCUUGGCUGGCUCUUUCCCAAGAAGAAGGGAAGUCCCAUCCUCCUGCUUUUAUCCUCCGGCGGAUAGAAGGCAUGAAGAAUGAGCAAGCUAUCUCCGAAGUUCUUUGCUGGUCGAGAGAUCCGGCUGAGCUGAGGAGAAUGGCCUCAAGAAAGGAGGAGAUUUACCAGGCCUUACAGGGAGGAGUUUACAGGUUACGAGAUGGGUCAAGAGAGUUUGUCAAUGUUCUGAUGCAUUACAAGAUACCGAUGGCACUGGUCUCCACCCGCCCCAAAAAGGUUGUCGAAAAUGCCAUUGGAGACAUUGGUAUUGAAGGGUAUUUCAAUGCCAUCGUAGCUGCCGAGGACGUUUACAGGGGGAAGCCCGAUCCCGAGAUGUUCAUGUACGCGGCGCAGCUUCUUCAGUUCAUACCCGAGCGCUGCAUCCUGUUCGGCAACUCUAAUCAGUCGGUCGAGGCUGCCCAUGAUGCACGGAUGAAGUGUGUGGCUGUUGCUAGCAAGCAUCCUGUGUAUGAACUUGGGGCUGCAGAUCUGGUGGUCAGGCACUUGGACGAGCUCUCGGUGGUUGAUCUGAAGAACCUUGCUGAUACUGAGAUGUCCGAGUUCGGUUCGGGGGAGCUGGAGCUGGAGAUGGAGGAAGAGGUAGAAAGCGAACCAGAUAAGUCAUCCCUGGCCACCGUCGAUGAUAAUUUCUGGUAAACAUCAAUUGAAUGUACAGUCAUAAUCUACAUAUAAAUAUAUAUAUUACGUUUCUGAUUCUUGAUGAUGGCAAUCCCAUGAUAGCCCAUGUAUAAGAAGGGGGAAGAAAAUCGAAAAGAGAAGGGGUCUGCAUUGGACUGACUUUUCAUGUUAUCAUGUACUAUACUGUGAUUAUUAUAUGUACAAUGCUCUGUAGCUAUUUGAAACUAAACUACUUGUCACCCACCUGCUCUGAUUCAAGAACAUGUGAACUCCUCA